GGAAGUUUCGCUUGGGAACGCUGUCUCGCUCGUCCGAAUUCGGUGGCGCCACGUCCGCCGGUCUCCGCCAGUCUCCGCCGGUCUCCGCCUUGAACCCCGCCGCUUGGGCGGCUUCCGCCCAGACACCCAGACACCUUCCAUUCGCGAGCCGGCCGCGGCGUGAGGGGCACCCUGUACGACGGCCGAGCGCACCCCGGCGACCUGCGAGGCGAAGAUGUCGGACAUCGGGGACUGGUUCAGGAGUAUCCCGGCCAUCACGCGCUACUGGUUCGCCGCCACCGUCGCCGUGCCCUUGGUCGGCAAACUGGGCCUCAUCAGCCCGGCCUACUUCUUGCUCUGGCCCGAAGCCUUCCUUUAUCGCUUCCAGAUUUGGAGGCCAAUCACUGCCACCUUUUAUUUCCCUGUGGGUCCAGGAACUGGAUUUCUUUAUUUGGUCAAUUUAUAUUUCUUGUAUCAGUAUUCUACACGCUUGGAAACAGCAGCUUUUGAUGGAAGGCCAGCAGACUAUUUGUUCAUGCUGCUCUUUAACUGGAUUUGCAUCGUGAUUACUGGCAUAGCAAUGGAUAUGCAGUUGCUGAUGAUUCCUCUGAUCAUGUCAGUACUUUAUGUCUGGGCCCAGCUGAAUAGAGACAUGAUUGUGUCAUUUUGGUUUGGAACACGAUUUAAGGCCUGUUACUUACCCUGGGUUAUCCUUGGAUUCAACUAUAUCAUCGGAGGCUCGGUGAUCAAUGAACUAAUUGGAAAUCUUGUUGGACACCUUUAUUUCUUCCUAAUGUUCAGAUACCCGAUGGACUUGGGAGGAAGGAAUUUUCUCUCCACACCUCAGUUUUUGUACCGCUGGCUGCCCAGCAGGAGAGGAGGGGUGUCCGGCUUUGGUGUGCCGCCUGCUAGCAUGAGGCGAGCUGCUGAUCAGAACGCCGGAGGUGGAAGACACAACUGGGGCCAGGGGUUCCGACUUGGAGACCAGUGAAGGCACGGUCCUGACCUGCCCAGCAGCUGCUCCACUCAGACGGCGUUCCUCCCGGGGCGGGGUGUCCCUAACCACCGCAUUCUAGCUAAUGCUGUUGGACCUGACCCACACUGAAUGUAGUCUUUGAGUAUGAGACAAGAUUUUUUUAAAUCCUGGAGAAAAAUACAAGUGUUCUCAAGUUUCAUAAUUCUCAUUCAAGUUCUUACUGCUAUGAAGAGCAAAUAUCAACUGCGCAAAUUUCAAAACUUGAUUUUUUUUGGUGUCUUUCCUUUUCCCUUUUCGUCUGAAUGAUGGGCUUUUAGCAUCAAGCUGGGUGUGUGGGGUUGGGUAACCAAGCCCUAAUCAGAAGGACUCUCCUUGCACACUUGCCUCCCUCCUGCUUUUCCCAAGCCCUUAAGAUGGUUCUGCCUUUGACAGCUCUUUAUUUAUUGAUUUUUGCCAAGGCGUGGUCACAAGGAAGCAGUUCACGCGUUCUCCCCCUUUGCGCUUUGGCGGCAGAACUGUGACAAUAGGGGAGAAGAUGAAGCAGUGGAUGAAGCGCUUCUUCAGUCCUGGGAAUUGCUUUGAACUGGCAGCAGUGGCGACCGUUUGCCACGUCUUCAGAUGUUUUUAUAAAACACCUCUGGGCCAGCAAGGGCCACAGAUUCGUACUGAGGAGAGCUGAGGGGGGUGUUGCGAAGCAUCUGCCCCCCAAGUUACGUACUUACAGCUGUGGUGGAGUUGUAACACAGGGGCUAGAUUCAAGCGGUGGUGGACACAGGCCCUUCGCGUUUCCCGUGCAGGGCAGCCUGGCCUUGUGUUGCCAGCAUAGUUGAGUGGUGCUGUGUUGGAAGGCUCCACAUCACACUGGCUGCAGGGAGUGCUCUCCGGGGAGGCUGCUGGCUGUGGGUUCCAUUUAACUCUCCUUCGGCGUGGGUGUGUUCCCUGAAAGCUGCAGGAGAGCCCCUCAGACCCUGUUUAAAUUGUAUUUCUUUGGUGUGUGUGUCCCCCCAACCCCUUUUUAGUCAAGCAUUGCAGUUCAUUGUGAGGAGGAGGUACAGCUCUUUUUGUGUGUAGAUAAUGUUUUAAAGCCCAUAUCCGCUCAUCCAAUUGAAUCAUUGCAUAACCUGGCCUGGUGAUGGCUCUGGAUGGUUUGAGUUUGAGGUGCUUUGUUAUUUGAGUCCUGGAUGUACAAGCUCUGUGAGCCUGACCGGCUCAAGUACCUGCAGCUCCUUCUCCUACAUGGGCUGUUUCCAUCAGAGCUUGGAGCCUGGCCCCUCACUGCUUGGCUCCUCACCAAAUAAAGUUACGAAGUUUUUUUUUUAGGCCACAGUGUUUCACACAGUUAUUGUAUGUUGUGUUUCUCUUAUGAGAGCAAACUGCUGGGAGCAGUGUUGAGUGGCUGCCAUACUUUGAGCCCACAGAAAGGCUUUGAACAAACGCUGUGUUCCAGCGGUAUGACUGGUCGUUCCCCACUGAAGCCAGGAUGUGUGUCGUAGCAGGAAGUGGGCAUUUGAAGGGAGCUUCUCAUUUUUAAUAGAGCUUGUUGGUGUGGACCUCUGAGGCUCCAUUUAUGUAAUAGGAUUCUGUGUGUGUGUGUGCUAGGAGUGUGUAUGAGCUUUCACUGUCAUGGGUUUUGCUGUGGUCGUGCAACCACAAUGGAACUUCCUCGUGAAGUUUAGAAGCCAUCAUGGCUCUUGGCUGCAUGUGCACUCAGUGUUGAGAGGAAUCCCUGGUGGGGAGUGAGCUGGGGUGUCCUGGCUGCACUCCGAGAACUGUGCCUGCCUGAGAAUGCUCAAGUUUUCCUACAGGUUUGCAAGUAUUCAGAAUGCUUCAGCUCAAGGCGCAGUGUUCAGCCAAGUCUCCCGUUCAACACACUUGGGAAGGUGGUGUUUGUAUUGCCGUUGUCCGCAUUACUUGCCUGCUUCUCUGGUGUAAUUUUACCACAACAAACUUUUUUUUUUCCUGAUUUGCAAGCAAGACAAGAUAUGACUGUGGAUUCUUGUUAUGAAUUGAAAAAUCCUUACUUUGUAUAGAGGACUUCUCUGUUAACUCAUGCUUUUGUUAGUAAAAAACAAAUUGUUGAUUAAAAUAUACAGCUUGAAA